AACAAUCGUUGAAUAUGUAUUAUUUUGGCAUGGGUGUAUAUUUCCUUUCUAUCACUUGGCUUGUAUCUUUAUUUUUAUGCUGGGUGUCUGUACGAACGGGUCAUUACAUUGGUAAAAUUGCUAUAGUAAUUGCGAUUAUCGUAACACUUACCUUAGUUUCAUUGCCUAGGGGAAAUGAGUCAUCAUCUGGCAAUUUUUACGACAAAUCCUAUAUUCCUCGUCUUGCAAUUUUAUUAUUAUUACUGGUUAGCGUUAUUAGUGCAUCAGUGUUCUGUUUUAUCCAUGUAUGUCUUACGCCUGUGAGAACGCGAAUGAUCAAAAAGUUUGGUACUGUUAAUUAGGUUUUAGCAGUUUUGAGAAUGUGUAGUGCCUUGUGUCAUGGGCUUAAGUCCCCAGCAAGGAGGCUGGCUAUUUUGAAAGUUAAAAACAUAUCAACAUCAAUAGUGCACAAUGAAACUAUAUUAGUAAAAAAUAAUGAUGAAUUUGUUAAUAAGGUAAUCAAUAAUGACAAGGCGGUGAUAGUAAAUUUUCAUGCAGAGUGGUGCGAGCCAUGUAAAAUACUUACACCAAAGUUGAAGGAGCUUAUUGAACCGCAUAAUAACCUUGACUUAGCCAUUGUUGAUGUUGAGGAAAAUGCUGAUCUUGUACAUACAUUUGAGGUAAAAGCAGUACCCGCCGUGAUAGCAAUAAGAAAUGGGCUAGUCGUAGAUAAAUUUAUUGGCCUAGUAGACACGGAUAUGAUUAAUAAUCUCAUAGAUCGGAUGGCCGGAAAGAAAAAGGGUGACGCGUAAAGGAUAUAUAAAUAGUUAAUUAUACGCAAAUAAAUAUCGGGAAAUAUACAUAAAUUGUAUAUAUGACAGGGCUUGCCUAGGGUAGUUAAAAAAAAUAAAUAAAAUCUAUGGUAGAAAACUAAAUAAUUGUUACUAUUUUUAAAUGGCAAUCCUCGAAUCGUAAAUACGUAAGUUGUACACAAAUAUAUUUAAAAUUUUAUUUACAUAAAUCGUAGAAAAUUUAUUAACUUAAUUAGUUUUAAAACCAUGUUUUAUUUAUAAUUUAGUAACAAUCAUUAUUUAGGGACGACUGUUUAAUAUUUUUUUUAAUCUUUGACAUCUAACAAUUGAAAAUGUUAGAACAAAAUGUAAAUUUGAAUACAGAUUAAGUGUUUUUUUAAUAUUAAAAUUGAAUUUUACAAGUACUAUACCGUCUUUGAAGUAUACAAUGUGACACAAUAACGUUUAUUAUAAUUGACAUUUGACGUAUUUGUCAUAUGUCAGUUUCCCUGAUGUAAAAAUAGCUCUAGUAGAAAUAGACAAGUUUAUUAUGUAAACAUAUUUCAAUUAAAAAAUAAACAUUGUAAAGGGGUUGUUCACUAACCACUUCCCUGUCAAAAUCGUUUUUGACAUUUGGAUGAACAUUUAGCGCGACUGUUUCUAAGAGAAGAAAUUUAUGUACACUAUCAAUCUAUUAAGGAUGUAAAUGGAUAUUUAGUUGAUAUUAUGUUUUUAAUACUUAACGGAAGUCGCAUUAUGUGACAAAUUUUCGUAUAAAUCCGCUAUGUUGUCGUUGAAAGUUUUAUUAUAUAUAAUUUUUGUGUUUAUAAAUCUUAUCAAAUGAUAAUAAAUAUAAAACACGAAAUAUUUCAUGACACCCCCAUUAUUGGAUGACCCCUAACAUUUAACAUUGACUAGUCACUCAAAUAGUUCAAAUCUCAAAACCUAAAUAUAAAGUAUACGUAGAUUAGUUAUUGAAUGUUGUGAAUUUUUGACUUAGUAUUGGUAUUAGUCCAAGUUCCUGAGCUUAUUUACGAUCUUAGUAAUUAGGUCCAACGCAGACAUUAGGCAAAUAAUUUUUGAACGUCAUUUCUUAGGAGUAGUGAUUGAAAUUCUGAUGUAUAUAAUACUAGAGUUGCCACCUUAUUUUUACAAUUAAAGUACAAUUGUUAUAAUACACAAGAAUAAAUAGAUAUUAAUCAAAGUAUAUAACGAGUAGUGGCGACUGGCAACAUCGAUUCAGCGCCAUACGAAAAAUUACGUGUAACGAAAAAAUAUUUACGACUAAGGAAUCAUGCGAAAUAAAGUAUUUUCGUAUACUUUAUUGUUCUCAAAAAGUAAAACGACUACCAGAAAUAAUAUACAAUAUAUAAUAAUACACGAUAAACAAUACUAUAGAACGAGACGCAUUAAAAGAAAAUGUAAUUAAAAAUAAAACUGUUUGGCAUAGCUUUUGUUUCUAAGUAGAUUUUAGACGCGAGUUUCAUAUUUGUAAUGUUUCAACUAACGCCUCCAUAGUCUAUUGUUAGUCAAUGAAUUUAAUGAAAUUCUAUAUUAUGUAGCAAAAUUGUAUCACAACAAUUCAAGUUUUAUCCUUUCCUAGUAAUGACUUCGUAAAAUAAAUAAUAAUCAACAUGUGUGUAGGUUUAAAUAUCUACUGGGUCCAUAUAGACUUUGUCUUAUGAAUACGUGCUUUUUAUAUCUGUAGGUAAACCAAAUUUCGAUUAUAAUAUGUAUUUUUUCUGUCUAUAACCAAAUAUGUAUACGAAAUAGAGGCCUACGUUUACUACUGAAUGUUCUUGGUCCUCAUGAAUGGAAGUUUGUUCUGAAUGAAUUAGGCAGAGUUCUUACAGGCCUCGUAAUAUAAUAGUGACUCAAAUCGUACAUACUAAAUAUUUCUGGGCUGCUCUGAUUCUCAAAUCUAAGUAGGUUUUCCUGUACAAAACUAUUGAAUAAUUAUUCAGAUGUUUUAAUUAUAUUAGUGUUUAUAAAUAAUGUGAACCUACUUUUUCUAAGUAGGCAAAUUAGUUUUUCUAUAACGGCCAAGAACCCAAACGUCCGCUAAUCAUAUAUUGAAUUUUCUUCUAAAUCUUUAAUAAAAUAUAUUUUCUUGGGAAA